GUGUUUGAACAGUUGUAAACACAACUGUUCAAACACCUCGUAUGUACUUUAAAUGGAUUCUUUAACAAGAAAUUUUGUAAAGAAAAGACAAACUGCUAAAAUAAAAGUUAUUGUGCUAGAUCUCAUUGUGGUCCUUUUAUUUUUGGCAAUAAAAUAUUAUUGCAUGGUUAUGCUUGUGUUGUAGACGUAAUUGUGGAAAAGUAAAUUAUAUUUCAAAAUUUGAUUCGAAUUUUUUAUUGCAAUAAAUUAUAUAGAAUUUACCCUUACACGGGUUUUAUAACAAUAGAAAGCUUUUCCAGUGAAGAUAAAGUAAGAAGAUAAGAAAAAAAGGAAGAAAGUUGAAAUGUGGGUACAUGUUCAGUAUUUUACUGCUUAGGUUCAAAUUUGCAGCAGAACUUCUUACAGGAGAGAAACAAAAGAUGACUGUACAGAAUCAUACCGAGUGUGAGACUACAUACAGUGGAAAAUCAUACCUCAACAAUGGACAAAUCAUUUCCUUAAUCACCCUCAAUGUCAUUGUCAUGAUUUUAAAUCUUAUUUUCAACAGUGCUGUCAUCUAUGGUCUGGUUGCCACAAAGCAACUUAAAAACUACUCCUUAAAACUCAUUUUAUAUUUGAGUAUUAAUGAUUGUUGCCUGGCAUUAAUAACACAAACUCUCUUUACAGUAAUGCUUGCAAAGUUUGAAGAUUGUGAUUUUGAAACUAUUGUUCAGUUUUUUGCCAUCUUUUUUACGCAUAUAUCUGCUUACAUCAUUGCAUUGAUUGGUUUUGAUCGAUAUAUCCAUAUGCGAUAUCUUAAUCGAUAUGCUCAAGUAAUAACAAACAAAAGAGUAAUAAUGAUUCUGACAGCAGUUGUACUGCUGUCACUAACGCAAGCAAUGGUCUAUGUACUUGGGACACAAUUGAAUUUUCUUUCAAAGGCAAAACAAAUUACCGUUAGUAUUGAUGCAGUCAUUGCAAUCAGUGUCUUCACUGCUUACAUUAUGACAGUGAGGGUUGUAAAGGUACAUUCUAAACGCACUGAGUCCAGAGAUAUGUUAAAAGCCGUUGACACUACUGUCACACGUACAGCGUCAAGAAUAUUGACAGCUAUUGUCAUAUGCUAUAUACCUUACAUCAUCGUCUCAUUCACACAUGCGGUUGUUAGUCAAAAAUGGGAUGGAAUUAGGAAACAAUGGCUCGAGUAUGCAUUAAUACUUGGUUUUGUAUUAACGUAUUUUAAUUCCUUUGUGAACGCGAUUAUUUUUUUGAGCUUAAACAAGAAGGUUAAGAGAUACGUUACAAGCGUAAUGAAAAAUCGUUGCAGUAACACAACUUGAUAUUUUCUGAUGGCUAAAGGCUAAAAUACACGGUAAGUUUAAACGGACCGUUUAGUUGUAAAAUAAAAACUUAUAAGUUCAGUUGCAGGUACUACACCUGUCUACACGUUAAGUUAAAAUGUAUAAGUUUUUCUAAAAAAAAUUUUUUUACAAUAAAUACCAAAUAAAAAACACGUUUAUCUUUCAUUGCGGUUAUUGCUAUAGCAGCAGAAGGGGUAAUCGUAGAAGAAAAAAAGCGGACUACUGGUUAGAAACCGAAAAUAUAUGCUCAAAUCUUUAGUUUAACAAUAGCUCAUUAAUUAUUCUGUUAAUUUCAAUAGAAAAAACUUAGCAAAAGUUGAACAUGUCCAACUUUUAAAAAAACUUAUAAAACCGAGAAAAGUUGUACAUCUUUGCUGUUUACACGGUAAGUUUUUUUUUCUUACAUUUAAACGGUCCGUUUAAACUUACCGUGUAUUUUAGCCUUUAAAGGCAUGGGUUAAAAAUAUUAACGCUUAAAAUUUCCUCUAUGCUUCGAUAUAUAGCUAGACAAAAAGUGUUUUUGUGCUUUAUAUUUUAAUUUGACACUUUAUUUUAUUAAUUUUUUGCGUUAUAUUUAUCAUAGGCCUACAAACAAUUUGAAUUAACUAGUCGUUAGCCCGUGGAAAAUCCACGGGUUCGCAUGUCGCAGCUAAGCUACCAUUUUGCGUGACAGAAAGACAGACGUAUACGGGCAUUAUAAUAUAGAUAAAACUACGAGAAAAGUAAUCUAAUACUCGAGUAUAACGUAUUAUUUACUGUCAGUCUUUUUGAUUUACUGUAUCAGGUUUAGUCUAUUCUGUAAGCAAAAUCAAAAUUCAAAAAAACUGUGGAAGCACAACUCGAGAAGUUUAUAAUUCUCGCUCUCCCGAAAUACUAAAUUCCUAAAACUAAGUCAGGUACUAGAAAUCACUUCACUGUAGCUUCCAAAAACAUAGAAUAAGCUGUUGUGUGCCCAUAAUUGGAACUAGAUAAAUUUUAUAAUAUCUAUACAGUGUUCUUGAUGAAGACAAGCAGAGAGUCUGAUGACACAGAUAGUGAAGACAUAAAUUAUCAUAAUAAAAAAAGGGGAAGGCGUCGCAGUGUAUUAUUCUCUUAUGAGCACUUCGGAUACUGUUUUUGGCGGCUUUAAUCUUAAAAAACUUAACUAAACACAUACAAAUUAAUUUAGAGGACAUUUCCGUAUUUAAGAAAAAUGUUUUAUAUAGGAAUGAUUGGCUAGAAUCAAUAAAAAUAUUUAAUCAUGGUUAUUAUAGUGUUUAGAAAGAUGGAUUGUGAAAAACAAUUUAAAAAGUCGUCGAUUGGAAUGUUUUAUAAAGUUUGCGAAACACCACGUCUAAGAUUUGACAAUGUAAACCAUUUACUGAUUCAAAAUUUUGUUUUCAAAUACUAAACUCAACCAAAGCCUUCUUACUAGUCUGUUUUUAUGACAUCGCUUUAACUACUCGAAAUACAUGUUUUUUGUAGGUAAUCAAAAUUCUAAUAUUAGGUUUAAAGAUGUUUACGAAAAGUACUUUUCAGGAUCAAAAUUCCCUUAGGUUAUGCUUAUUGGCAAAAAGAUUUAUUGGAACAUGCUUAUGAAAAGACAUAAGCAAAGGAUUUGAAUUUUGAAUAUCAGUAAUUACAAAUUAAAUCUCACUACAUACUGAUUAAUUUAAAGAUAUAGAAUACAAAGAAAAACUGCUUACGAAAUAAAAAAAAAUAAAAAAUUUCACAAAAUUUUCUUAGGUUACACAUAAUGCUUCAAAUAUGCUUUUAAAUGACCAAAUUUAAGCCUACGAAUGCUUAUAAAUGUCAUGCUUAUAUAAAAGAGACAUAUAACAUUAUUCGAUUAGUACCUCCUUAAAAUUAUGAAAUUAUAAUUUGUUAUCACUCAACGAAGAAAUGGGAAAAUUUAUUUUACAAAGCUGAUUGCUUAUGCAGUCAUGAGGCAUGAAUUAAAAGUUUUUUGUUUUAUCUUUAUUGUUUUUGUUUUUGAAUAUUCCUAUUCUCACUUUAGCCUUUUUUUCGAAUCUAAAUGUAAAGCAAAAGGAAUUAAAAACGAAUAGCACAAUGAUGGAGAUGUUUGAGGAGUUCAUUUUCGUCCACAGGAUGACAUGAAAACUUAUCAUAUCAUAUCACCCACUGAAAUCACGUUACAUUCCAACUUCUAGAUAGAUCGUAGAUUUUCUACAAACUAUUGUGGUUCAGAUUAAAAGAUUUAAAUCCAAUAAAAAAAUGACUGUUUGAACUGCCAACACAUGGAGUAAUGAAUAGUUGACUGUUUUAUCUGUUCAACCUCGUUUCCUUGGCUCUUAUUCACCCCGUCCCAUCAGACUAUGGUAAAAGGGCCCUGGGACAAGGUUGCUGACUGAUGACAUGAUCAAGCAAUUCUUAAUCAAUUUAUAUUAUUUGUGUGUCCGCCUAUUUUACAGAAAUGGUAAACACAAUUCUAAUAUGUUUAUUAAAAUCUGCUUAGAAGUAAUUAUGAAAGAAAGAAAAAAUAAAAAAACGUUGGCUGCGUCAUGCUGCGUGGAAAUACUUUUUAAAGAACUUAUAUUUGAAGUUUGAAAAAAAAUACUUCCAUUUUUAUUUUCAAUCUUUCGUGGUUGAGAGAGAGAAUCAGUUGAAUGUUGAUAAAGAGAUUGUACCAAGAAGUGGAAGGUGAAAGGAUAGAAAGAGAAGAUGACUGCACAUAAUCAUACCGAAUGCGAGACUACAUACAGUGGAAAAUCAUAUCUCAACAAUGAACAAAUCAUUUCCUUAAUCACACUGAAUGUUACUGUCAUGAUUUUAAAUCUUAUUUUCAACAGUGCUGUCAUCUAUGGUCUGAUUGCCACAAAACAAGUUAAAAACUACUCUUUAAAACUCAUUUUAUAUUUGAGUAUAAAUGAUUGUUGCCUGGCAUUAAUAACACAAACUCUCUUUACAGUAAUGCUUGUAAAGUUUGAAGAUAAAUCACAUUGUGAUUUUGAAACUAUUGUUCAAUUUUUUGCCAUCUUUUUUACGCAUAUAUCUGCUUAUAUAAUUGCAUUGAUUGGUUUUGAUCGAUAUAUCCAUAUGCGAUAUCUUAAUCGAUAUGCUCAAGUGAUAACAAACACACGAGUAAUGAUAAUGCUCACAGCAGUUGUGUUGCUGUCACUAACGCAAGCAACGGUCUAUGUACUUGGAACGCAGUUAAAUUUUCUUUCAAAGGCAAAACGAAUUAUCGUUGGUAUUGAUGCAGUCAUUGCAAUCAGUGUCUUCACUGCUUAUAUUAUGACAGUGAGGGUUGUAAAGGGACAUUCUAAACGCACUGAAUGUAGAGAUAUGUUAAAAGCCGUUGACACUACUGUUACACGUACAGCGUCAAGAAUACUGACAGCUAUUGUCAUAUUCUAUAUUCCUUACAUCAUCGUCUCGUUCACACAUGCGGCUGUUAGUGAAAAGUGGGAUGGAAAUAAGAAACAAUGGCUUGAGUAUGCAUUAUUACUUAGUUUUGUAUUAACCUAUUGUAAUUCUUUUGUAAACGCAAUUAUUUUUUUGAGCUUGAACAAGAAGGUGAGGAAAUACGUUGCAAAUCCAGUAAUGAGAAGAUCGCAGGAAAUCACAGCAACAGCCAAAGAAAAUACAAGCACUGAAAUCACGCAAAUGUAACCAAUCCGGUACAGACACAAAAAACCUUUCUAGCCAGCACAAAUAGUGUAGAUUGCGGAUUACUCAAGGAGAUUGGCAACAUUUUUUAGUGUAUUCAGUCAGUCGCAAAAGUAUUCUCUAAGAAUAGCAUAUGAAUAGUAUUGCAACAAGGUAAUAUAAAAAAAAAAUCAAUUAAAUAUCUGAUAAAGUACUGCUAUACCGAUUCUUUUUUCCAAUAGUGCAUAGAUAAAAUAAUGACCUUUUUUCGUAGGUGUAUAACGCUAACAUUAUCAUUUGUGAGUCAAUAUAUUUCCUUGACGGGGUCAUAACUUGUAAAUAAAGUUGUUGUUUUUUGUUUGUAUUUUUACUGUUGUUUGCGAAAUACUCUGGUAGUUAUGCACUUUAA